AUGAUUCGUGUGGAAAAUGAUCGACGAGACGAGGUUUUUCAAUUAUUGAUUUGCAGUGAUUUCACAGAUGUUGAUGUUGUUUUCCCAGUGGUUUAUACGAUUACUAACAUUGCGAGAUUUCGCGAUUUGUUUUUAUGUUGCUAUUCGAGAGGAAAUCGAGAAAAUGAUCAACGUAUUGCAAGAAUCUCCAGUGAUAAAAUUAAUUAG